AGCUGCACUUCAUGAUAGUCACAUGAUGUAGUGUAGCGUUUGAUUUACACAUUUCUCAACAUUUCGACACUGAUGCAGCAGGAUUCCGCCAAUCGCUGAUUGAUUGAUUGGACGGAUGACCUAAAGAUUCGUCAUGCCGCCAACCGCUGCUGUGAUCAGAGGGGUUCAGAAGCUGGUGCUUUAUGAGACCAGAGCUCGAUAUUUCCUGGUGGGCAGCAAUAAUGCUCAAACCAAACACCGUGUGCUGAAGAUCGACCGCACCGAGCCUCGAGAUCUGGUCAUCAUUGAUGAUAAGCAUGUAUACAGUCAGCAGGAAGUGCGUGAGCUGCUGGGUCGUCUGGAUCUGGGUAAUCGCACUAAGAUGGGUCAGAAGGGAUCCUCCGGCCUGUCCAGAGCAGUUUCUGCUUACGGCAUUGUGGGUUUUGUGCGGUUUCUGGAGGGUUACUACAUCGUGUUGAUCACGAAACGCAGAAAAAUGGCUGACAUCGGCGGACACUCGAUUUAUAAGAUUGAAGACACGAGUAUGAUCUACAUUCCCAAUGAUUCUGUGAGAGUCACACACCCAGACGAGGCCCGAUACGUCAGAAUAUUCCAGAACGUGGAUCUGUCCAGUAAUUUCUACUUCAGCUACAGUUAUGACGUGAGCCACUCGCUGCAGUAUAACCUGACGUUGCUGCAGAGUUGGAGUGUGUGUGUGGAGUCUGAGAGCGGCGCCGCCAGCCGGCAGGACACUUUUGAUAUCUUCGAGGAGGAGGGACUGCCCACUCAAGUUGUCCAUGGUCUGAGUCAUGAGCCCUACUCUAAAUACGUCUGGAACCUCAGUCUGCUGGAGAAGGUCAAGGAAAUCGUGCAUCCUGAUUGGCUGCUCUACAUCAUUCAUGGAUUCUGCGGCCAAUCCAAGUUAUUAAUCUACGGUCGGCCGGUUUACGUGACGCUCAUCGCCCGACGCUCCAGCAGAUUUGCCGGGACUCGAUUCCUGAAACGCGGAGCAAACUGUGAGGGCGAUGUGGCGAAUGAGGUGGAGACGGAGCAGAUCAUCCACGACGCCUCCGUCAUGUCUCUGAGCGCUGGCAGUUUCUCCUCCUGUGUUCAGGUUCGGGGUUCGGUUCCUCUACACUGGUCCCAGGACAUCUCCACCAUGAUGCCCAAACCACCCAUACGCUUGGACCAGGCUGACCCAUUUGCUCACGUCGCUGCUCUACACUUUGACCAGAUGAUGCAGAGGUUUGGGUCUCCAAUCAUCAUCCUCAACCUGGUCAAGAAACGAGAGAAGAGGAAGCAUGAGAAGAUCCUGAGCGAGGAGCUUUAUCGAGCGAUCACAAACCUGAACCAGUUCCUCCCGCCGGAGCACAACAUCGAGUACAUCGCCUGGGACAUGGCCAGAUACACCAAGAGUAAGCUGUGUAAUGUGUUGGAUCGGCUUAGUAUGAUCGCUGAGAAUGUAGUGAAGAGGACUGGCUUCUUCGUCAAUCGACCCGACUUCUAUUGCCAUACACUGCGACCUGAUGAAAGGUGGGGAGAUCUUGGUGGAACCGUCACACCAUAUGGACGCUUACAGACGGGGGUUUUGAGGACGAACUGUGUGGAUUGUCUGGACCGAACGAACACGGCUCAGUUCAUGGUUGGUAAAUGUGCUCUGGCAUAUCAGCUCUACGCUCUCGGCAUGAUCGACAAACCCAAACUACAGUUCGACACCGACUGUGUGAGGUUGUUUGAGGAGCUGUAUGAGGAUCAUGGAGACACUCUGUCCCUGCAGUAUGGAGGCUCUCAGCUGGUGCAUCGAGUGAAGACGUACCGUAAGAUCGCACCCUGGACGCAGCACUCCAAAGACAUCAUGCAGACGCUCUCCCGUUACUAUAGCAAUGCCUUCUCAGAUGCAGACCGUCAGGACGCUAUAAACCUGUUCCUGCAGGUCUUCCAGCCGUCAGAAACAAAACCUCACCUGUGGGAGCUGCCGACAGACUUCUACCUGCACCACACUAACACAAUGAUCCUGCCGCACCACAGCCACAGCUACACACACUGGUGGACUGGCGGAGUUUUGACGUACCUGCCCUUACCGUUUGAUGAAGCUCAGUGUGAGGAGAACAUGAAGAAGGUGUCAGUGAAGCGUGUUAACGGAUACGAGGAGAGCACAGACAUCUACUCUGAGUUCUUCAAACCGUACGAGCUCACAGCCUUCGACGACACUUUCAGCAUCUCUAUGACCAACUCAGCCAGGGAUUUCAUGCCGAAGACAGUCGGACUCGACCCCAGUCCCUUCACUGUCCGCAAACCAGACGAGAGCGCCAAAUCAGUGCUGGGCAGUAAGUCCAGUAAGGAGGAAGCAGUGCUGCAGAGGAAGACGGCGGCCAGCGCUCCUCCUCCUCCCACAGAAGAGCAGAUCUCCAGCAGCUCUGAAGACGACAGUGAAGACGAGCGAGAAGACGACGCCAGCGCCUCGCAGAGAUCCACACCCAUCAGACUGACGGAGACCAGCCAUGAGAUGAUGAAGAUGAUGAUGGUGAUGAUGAUCUCUGAAGGUCAGCCUGUCCUCAGUGUGGAAAUGAGUCAGAUUGAGAUUGAGCAACUGCUUCUGUUUCAGCUCUCCACAGACACUUCUGAUGGGAAAUCAGAGCCAUGA